AUGUCUCAUGCGGCCAUUCACGAGAAUGGGAACGACCAGCUUACCGACUCGAGCUCGGACUUCUCAGAAUAUUGGAUUGACUUGUUCUUAGGGAUAAAAGGCAACGAAUAUUUUUGUGAUAUAGAUGAUGACUACAUUCGAGACCGUUUCAACUUGACGGGGCUCAACCAGGAGGUCAGUAAGAUCCCCACGUUGGUCGACAUCAUUACUGACAUGGCUGACAUCGAGCAUCAGCCAGAAGAGCAUAGGGAUGCUUUGGAGCAUAAUGCUAGAAUAUUAUACGGAUUAAUCCACGCAAGAUACAUCUUAUCACAGCGAGGGCUCAACAAGAUGUUCGAGAAAUAUAAGAACGGUGACUUCGGCUAUUGUCCUCGAGUUCACUGCCACUUGCACCCCUUACUUCCAGUUGGUUUGAGCGACCAGCCAAGAAUCAACUCUGUGAAGCUAUAUUGCGCCAAAUGCGAGGACUUGUACAACCCCAAGUCUGGAAGACAUGCUAUAGUAGAUGGUGCUUACUUUGGAACGUCGUUCCCAGCCAUGUUCUUCCAAAACUUCCCUCAUGCCAUCCCCGUCCACAGUCGGGAGACGUACACACCAAAGGUAUUUGGAUUUAGAGUUCACGAGUAUUCCAAGUUAGAUAGAUGGAGAAAACUACAGAGGCGAAAGCUUGAGAAGAGACUACAAGGUUAUGGUAUUGAGGUUAACAAUACCAGUGGCGGGUUCAUCGCAGAGGAUACAAAGGGCGACCAAGCGUACCAGAACUAA